GUUUACGAGAGCGAGCGAGCUUACUUCAUACACAGGGCUGCCGCUAACCGCCAACGUUCGGCCAACUGACGCUUUCACUUACUUCCUGAGUAUAUAAUUCCAAGUCUCAAACGUUCUGGUCUACAGUGUAUCUACAUACGUCUACAUACGUGCAACAACAACAGCAGCCAUGACCGCUACGGGCAGUCUCGUGCUGCUUGAUGCCCCCCAGCUCAAGAGGCUCGCAACUGUUGUGCACAGGCAGGAGAUGAUACGUAUUAAGCACCAAAAGCAGCCCGAUGACCAUACCUUCAAGAAGCUGUGUGCGGACUCGCGGGCAGCCCGCGACAAACUGAUUCGUGCGCUCGAUGAUGCGCAGUGUGCCUACGACGAGCUCGCCAAGUCUAACGACGAGGCGGACGCCCGCAGGAAGAAAAUCGCAGAGGACCACUUCUGGUACCUCAAGAACAGCUUCAACAACGCGAUCCAGAACGUGCGCAACUUCAUCAUCCGCGACGAGUACGUGUCCGCAGUCGAAGCCCACAGCAAGGAGGUCCUCGAAAACCUGUUUAAUGUUACCAAGAUGGCUGACACUGAUUACGUUGAGACCCUGGCAAAGGGUUGCUACCAAGCCCGCGAAUCAGCGCUGGAGGCCGCGAGGAGGGCGAUGCGGCCCACGGCCAGGCACUACUCAGAGUGGCUCAAGGAGACCGGGAUCGGGUUCGAUGACCUGGUCAACAGGUCCCAAGUCAAGCUCAACAAGACCGGCUACCCGGCGCCCGAGGCCGUUGGAGAGCCCGUGAUGGUGGGCGAGGGUACCUUUGGCGGCGAGUUUUCAGACCUGACCGAGCUGCAGAAAAUCAUGGUGUACGAGGACGUUAUGGAGGAGUCGGGUGUUACCGUGUCCAAGAUCACCGCCAAGGUGAAUUUCAUGGGCGCGGCGGGCAUGGCCGUGAUUCUGCUGGCCGUGGGCUUGCUGGCGUGGGACGUGUACCAGUCCGCCCACCCGCUCGAGACGGCGGUGCGCGGCGCAUUUGACGCAACGAUUGGUUUGCUCGGGGCCAUGGGUGGGGAGUCCGCGGCCGCGAUCAUCGCCACCGGCGUGCUGGCGGAGGGCGAGAGUACAGCCCUUUUCAUCGCCAUGGCCAGCUUUGCGGGUGGCAUCGCAGGCGCGUUCAUCGUGGGCGCCCUCGUGGCGGUCAUCGUGGGCGCCAUCCUGGGCUCGGGCGGCAAGAAUGUGCCGCUCACGGUGGAGGGCAUGAAGGCCUGCCUCAUCGAGCUGCCCGACGGCCGUGCCCUGGCCCGCCAAAUCCAGGCGUACAGCGGCUAGACGUGCGGCUUGUGUCAGUGGCGUUGCUUGGGUGCUAGAACGCCUUCGUGCUGUGUGGACCGUAUGCGGUCCGGUUGUGUGCAUGCGUAGCGGCGUGGCGGCGGCGGGGCUGGAGUGCGGGAAGCGUCCCUUGCCUCUUAGCCUUCCUUCCUCCUUGCCUCUUCCUGAUAGCAUUGGCCUUUUCGUCAGUGACUGUACAUAUGUUCUGGUGACCGCCUGUUCCUUGUCGGCAUCUCUAUAUAUGAUAUGUGUGUUAGGCUGCGUGUACAUAGCAUGUGGGUGCAGUCAUUCGCUGCUAGUCAGUGAGUCCAUUUGGCGCAGAGUGUGGCGGCCGAACGGCAGCAAAGGGGCCAUAGCACGUGCUGUGGGACCUUGCUUACGAGCGAGUGCGGGUAGGUUCGGGUACUUGCCAAGACACGUCGUUGUACCACGGAGUACACGGAGUAGGGAUGAGGACCUGCUUUUGCCAAAUCGAAACCGGAGCACGGACGGAAACGUAGCAAUACGCCUCACAGACAUCCCGACCACCCGUACACACGACCAUCUAAUGCGUUGUCGUGAUGGUUGCGCUCACCAGUCGUACGUGUAAAUAAGCCGCUAU